GUUGCUAUAAAGCAGCGACUUUUCAGCUGGCAUAGCUUUGGAUCCCUGGAAAGCAAGCACAACAUCGCAGCUUAUACAUAAUGGCCCACUUCCAACCCUUCUCAGACCUCCCGCAUACAUCCUCCAAGGACGAUCUGGCCCAGGAUUAUGAACUGUUUCCCUGUCAGUACGAGCCUUAUUCGGACCCCACGACUAUUCAACGCCCUUCAAGCUUCCAGUUCCAUCUCUCUCCUGUCGACCUACCUAUGAAGAACCCUUACAUCGCCCCAUCCAUGUCGUGGUCAAAUGAGCCGGUCUUACCUCACAACACCGACUCAUUGACUGCUGCUGCUUCUUCUGAUUUCGGCUCACCUUGGAGCAAUGAACUCGUCUCUAGUCCAGAAUCAAAAGACAGUCUCGCCACCGGAAGUUCGAGUUGGUUCAGCAUGGGAUGCUAUAUGUCUCCUCCCUACACCUGCGAUGAAGUCGCACUCCCGCCACUGGGGUUCGGAUCUUGUUCUUCCCCAUCUGCCCUAACAGACGUUGACAGUCUGGUGGCGCCUUCCCAAGUAUAUCCCGACCCCGACCCUAUCGUCAAACUUGAGACAGACUCGGAGCAUGUUAUGGGCGGAACCUUUUGCUAUAACAGCCCUCCCCAACACGAUGAAUUUGAAAAUUCCUGUGACAUCAAGAGUUGCCAAUACGCAGAGACCACGAUUCAGCAAGAAGCCUGCAGCUCUUCCGGCAAUCAGUUCAAGGCGCCGAAGCUAUCUAGCACGAACACAGGCCGCAUCAGCAAGAAGCGACCUCGCAAACCGUCCACCAAAGCAAGACCUACCUCCGCAGCUCGGGCCUCUACCAAGACCAGCGGUAAGAAGGAUGGUACAAAGACCAGCCGGGUGUUCAUCUGCAGUUUCUCCCACUAUGGAUGCCAGAGUACCUUCGUUUCGAAGAACGAGUGGAAGCGCCAUGUGACCUCGCAGCACAUCCAACCUGGAUUCUACCGUUGUGAUGUCGGACGCUGCAGUCUGGACAACCUCAGCAAGAAUAAAGGUCAGGACGCGAACAACAGUUGUGCCUCUUUUAACGAGACACAUCUCGUUAACGACUUCAACCGAAAGGAUCUCUUCACUCAACACCAGCGACGCAUGCACGCUCCCUGGGUCGGGCGCAACAGCAAAAAGCCUAAAACUGAGAAAGAACGCGAUGAUUUCGAGCUGACCCUGGAAGCUGUUCGGGCUCGCUGCUGGCAUGAGCAACGCAAACCACCUACCCAGAGCGCCUGUGGCUUCUGUGGACAGCAUUUCCUCGAAUGGAAUGAUCGAAUGGAGCAUGUUGGCCGUCACUACGAGAAAGGUGACGCGCAAUAUGAAGCCGAAGAUACUUUCCUGCGUCAGUGGGCAAUUGAAGAAGACAUCAUUCGGCAAGUGGAUGGGCAGUGGAAGUUGGUCGGCCUUUGCGAGAAGUGAAGUUGAAGUGAAGGCUACUACUGCUUCCUCCCAAAGUAUCCAACUGCUGCCCCUCCCCGCCUUCCUCUUUCUCUUCUCUAGCCUUUUGAUUUCUAGUUCUGGGCUUCUUCUUUAUUUCGUUCCUAUUUCCUUUGUUUUAUUCUGCUACUUCCUUUUAAUACUCUCGGACGGGUUUUGGAUUCUGCACAUCAAUGUGCGCGGACUGACUGAGAUGAUGAUUGAUGACUGAUAUCCUGUAUUCACUAUGUUUAUGUCAUGUUUAUUGGACCCUUUUGAGGUUUCCCCUGGUUUUGCACAAUACCCCAUACAUAUCGAGAGAAAGGAGCAAGGGACUGCUGAG